GCUGCGGCGAAUACAAACCGUGCUCAUUUGCAAAAAAUAUUUUGAACUCUUUUCCCGUCAAAAAUGACCAAUAAGAUAAUUUAUACACGGCGAAAAACACAUUCUCUCACUAACACACCCAACAACAGACAAGAGAAUAUCAGAGAAAAGCAGCUGUAGCGCGAAAUUCGUGAAGUAAAACAAGUUUUCGAUGGAGAAAUCUUGAGGAGAAAUGUAUGUCAAAAUUACAGUCAGUCGCUCUGAAAAGGUCUUUGUGUUUGGACAAUAAUCGCAAAUUUCUCGGUGAAAAAAUAUUAACGCGUUGCUGUGUUUUUCUCGUUGUACACACAUGUUCAACUUGAGUUUGAUUUAAUUAAUUGAUUGUAAAACAAAGUGAGUGCGGAAAGACUACCAGCAGUGAAAUUGUGAUUAAAAUUUAGCAAACAACAAUUAACGUGGAAUGCAUAUAAAAUAAAUUCGCUAUUGAAGGUUGUUGCUAAUUAAUUAUGAAAAUUGUUUGGUAAUUUUGAGAAAUAUGCUAGUGAAAAUACAUAAGUUAUAAAGGCAUUUGGUGGAGUUCAUCAUAAUAAAAAUUUCUUAAAUAUUUGUGAACGGUGAUUUUGUGAAGUGGUUUGUGUGUGAUUAUCGCAAAAAAGAGAGCCAUAAGAGCAUAAAAGUUUGACAACGGGCCAAAAACGACCAUCAACGAAUUCUCAGCAGAAAAUAAACAAAACAAACGGUUAUUGAUAUUCAAGAAAAUACCAAAAUUACUGUUAAUAUUAAUAACCAAAAGAUCCAUUUGAACAAAGACAAAUCAACAACAACAAAAGCGCUUCCAACGAAACAAAUUGCGAAAGUCGUAACCUCGCAUAGCUUUAGUCUCUCAGAAAGCAGCUGGCGCACACCUGGACAUGGAACGGAGGAGCAAACAAAUAUCGAAAUAGACGAAGAACGCACCCAACCCAUGAAAGAAUAGCAGCGACAGCAAUAACAAAGGCGAAGGUCAAAUUUUACACGCUCCCUUCUGUGAUCACGCCUCAGUACUCGUGUUUUAUUGACUGCCAAUGCAACUCUGCACAUAAAUAUCAGUUGAUUUUUUCCGAAUAACCACGUUUAAACGAAAAACUAAUAACAACAACAACAGCCAUAACUUCAAUCGGUAGUUCGGUGCGAAGGAGAAGCUUUCUCUAUAAAGCAGCAAUACCCUGCGGCCAACACACGCACAAUGAAAAACGACGUCGUACGAUGGAGUCCAGUGGCAAAUGCACAAAGCGCCCGCGAGAGCACGCCAAACAAAAGCAAACCUUUUCCAUCACUAAACGCCACGCGUGCGCACCCAAGCGCCGUGACUGCGCAUGCGGCGUCCAAUAGUGGUCACCUUCAACUCCAAAAGCAACAACAAUAUUGUGAUACUAGUGCAAGUUUUCUUAUUGCAACAAAACCAAUAACAACAAUAAAAACAAGUAGUUAUUUAAUAAUUCCACGACAGCAUAGCAAACGUAAAUCCGAACUCGCUUCGUCAUCCAACACACUGAGCAGACAUUUUCAAUCACAACAACGGCAAAUACAAACAAACAAUUCUCAUCGCCGCCGGCAGCACGAAGUGAAAACGCGGACAUUUGCUGCCUUGCAUUUAAAUAGGAUUUUAUUAAAUUGUGUGCAAUUGAAUGUGUUUUUAGUGUUUUUGUUGUGUACUUUGAAUGUCGGUUUCGCGAUUGUGCCGAGCGUCAGCGCCGCCAUCGUAAGCAACACGAGCGUGUUGCUUGUGGGUGGUGCGGUGAAUGCGCUCGAUGACGGUGCGACAUACCAGCUGGACUAUGCGGGGAGAGGAGACAGCGCGACAGACAGCGAGGGCGCGGCGGGGCAUUAUACCCACACCUGGGCGGUGCAUAUACCGAGCGGUGACGACGGCGUGGCCGAUCAAGUGGCCCGAGAUCACGGUUUCGUCAAUAUGGGCAAGAUUUUCGAAAAUCAUUACCAUUUCGCUCAUCAUAAAGUCUCUAAGCGUUCACCGACACCCUCGCAGUCGCAUCAGAUACGCCUUGACGAGGAUCACAGAGUACAAUGGGCUAGGCAACAGCAGGCAAAGUCGCGUCAGAAGCGUGACUACAUACGUAUGCGCCCGUCAAGGACAUCGUCACGUGCGCUCUCACAGGUGGAUACAGUUCCUCUAAACGACCCAAAAUGGGCGCAAAUGUGGUAUCUGAAUCGCGGAGGCGGCUUGGAUAUGAAUGUAGUACCGGCUUGGCAGGCUGGCAUCACCGGCAAGGGUAUUGUUGUGACAAUACUUGACGACGGUCUGGAAUCGGACCAUCCAGAUAUCGAGCACAACUAUGACCCUGAUGCGUCUUAUGACGUCAACAGCCACGAUAACGAUCCAAUGCCGCAUUACGACAUGACUGAUUCAAAUCGGCAUGGUACGCGUUGCGCUGGUGAAGUGGCCGCCACCGCCAAUAACUCAAUCUGUGCGGUUGGUAUUGCAUUUGGUGCCAGUGUUGGCGGUGUCCGAAUGUUGGAUGGCGAUGUGACGGACGCCGUCGAGGCGCGUUCCCUAUCACUCAAUCCGCAACACAUCGACAUUUAUAGCGCGUCGUGGGGUCCCGACGAUGAUGGUAAAACUGUUGAUGGUCCUGGCGAAUUGGCGCAGCGCGCCUUCAUUGAAGGUGUAACCAAAGGGCGUCAAGGCAAGGGUAGCAUAUUUAUUUGGGCUUCGGGUAAUGGCGGUCGUGAGUUUGACAAUUGUAAUUGCGACGGCUAUACAAACUCCAUUUGGACACUGUCAAUAUCUAGUGCCACCGAAGAGGGUCACGUACCCUGGUAUUCGGAGAAAUGCAGUUCCACAUUGGCGACCACUUACAGUAGUGGCGGACAGAGUGAGAAGCAGGUGGUGACGACAGACUUGCAUCAUUCGUGUACGGUAUCACAUACGGGUACCUCAGCUUCGGCGCCGCUAGCUGCCGGUAUAGCAGCACUAGUGCUCGAAUCGAACACGAAUUUGACGUGGCGUGAUUUGCAACAUAUUGUGGUGCGUACUGCAAAGCCGGCCAACUUGCGAGAUCCAACAUGGUCGAGAAAUGGCGUCGGUCGACGCAUUAGCCAUUCGUUCGGCUAUGGUCUCAUGGAUGCGGCAGCGAUGGUGCAAGUGGCACGUAAAUGGAAAACGGUGCCAGAACAACAGCGUUGCGAAAUUAAUGCGCCGCAUGUGGACAAAGUCAUUCCGCCCAGAAGUUAUAUCACAUUACAGUUAACUGUAAAACACUGCUCAUCCGUCAAUUACCUGGAACAUGUGCAAGCAAAAAUCACACUGACAUCACAACGUCGCGGGGACAUUCAGUUGAACCUCAAGUCACCAGCAGGCACCAAAGUUACUUUAUUAACAUCACGUAUUCAUGAUGUUUCUCGUUCCGGUUUUAAUCAAUGGCCCUUCAUGUCCGUCCAUACUUGGGGAGAGUCGCCGCAUGGCGAUUGGCAGUUAGAAAUACACAACGAGGGUCGCUAUAUGGGUCACGCCUUACUACGUGAGUGGUCGCUAAUAUUCUACGGUACUACUCUGCCUAUAGACCCCAAUGACCCCGUAUCGACGCCCCGCGCCAAUUCCGCCGAAAACACCACGCCAAAUUCGAAUGCGGCGAGCACCACAACGAACCUUCAUCAGAUCUACUCGCCACAAUAUCCGCGCAUCUCGUCCAAUAACGUCGGCGGCAGCAGCAGCAAUGCAGCCACUGGCAUUGUUGGCGCCAUCAACGCCAUGCCGGGUGGGGGCGUGAAAAUUCCCAUUAAAUUGCCAACACCGUCGAAUAAAUCCGUUUACACAGCCGCGAAUGGCGCAAAUAAUCCAUUGUUGAAUGUCGCUAACGGAAGUAGUAAAAAGCAACAACAAUUAUAUAAACAACAACAGCAAAUACAACCGCCCGGUUAUCAGCAAAUCUCAGCAACCUAUGGUGUCAUAUUGGGUUCACAGAGUACGAAACCCGGCAAGGGGACCAAAGGUAAGGGGAAGUCUGGUGAAAAGAGCAAUGGCGGCAAGGGUGGUGCUAACAAGUCUUCGGCGAAUAAAAAGGAACAACCCGCAUCGACAAACACGAAAAACAAAUUCUACCGCAUAUCGCAACAACAGCAACAAAGUGGGAACGGAAAUAGUAAGUCGGCCGGAAAAUCUUCACAACAAGGCGGGCGCACGAAAGCGCAGUCAUCAGAGCGUCUACACGGAUAUGAAGACAAGAUGAGCCGGAAGGUUGUUGGUGAAAUAACAUCGACGACAACAACUACAACCAGUACUGGUAUGCGCCCGAGCAACAACAGUCAAAACGGUAAAACUUCUAUCAAAUCCAACUCGGCAAGCUCCAACACCGACUCUAACCCAGCCAUCGCGAACAACGCGGCCAAAACUGCAGCCACGCAAAUGACCAGCUAUUCAAAGUUACCUGUCAAGGCAACAAAACAAAUCAAGGAGUCACUGUUACCCAUGCAAACGCACGAAAAACUCACGGUUGCCUCAUUCACCGAUACGCGCAUUCCGAAACUUUUCGAACAUUACGAGAAAAUACAGGCAAUUUUUCCCGAGUUUCAACCAUAUCAGGGCCCAAAAGAGAAAGACACUGCGGCUGCUGCAGCCACAGCGUCGAAAGCUGAAAAACGCAAACUGGCUGCCACGGCGGGCAUUUCGCCGCUGGACUACGAAGCGGAGACCUUCAGACCAAUGUUGAGUGUGGGUAAUAGUGGCAGUAGUGUAAACAAUAACAAUAACAAAAACAGCAACAGUGGCGUUAGUGGUGGCAGCGCUUCGAAGCCGUCACGUGAAAAUGCCAAAAAGUCCUCGCCCAGUUUUGUUCCCGAUCAGCAGAUCAUCAAGAAGCAGCAAUUACUGCUCGCGGCAGCAGGAGUUAGUGGCGGCACGCAGCGCCCCAUCGGCGGUGUACUCGGCGUGUUGCCUAACCGCAAGGAUGGUGGCAGUAGCAAUGCGCAAAUCACACAAUGGGACUUGAUUUUCUAUGGCACUGAAACGCCCGCCCAACCGGAGGACGCGGUCCAUAUUAGUGACGGUCUAUUUGGCAAUGAUAUGGGCCACAACGACAUCGAGUACGAUGCCAAUUUGCAAUGGCGAAAUAUGCAGCAGGUGGGUGAAUCGAGUGUGAUGGCCAACGAUAAGACGAAUGCGUCGUGCCUGAAGGCGACAUCCGACCAAAGAUGUUUAGAAUGUGCCGCGUCUACGUAUUAUUACAAUGGCCACUGCUACGAACAAUGUCCCAUACACACUUAUGCCAUCCUCAGCGACAGCACGACGGCCAACAGAACGACGAUACUAAGCGACAACAUCAUAUCCAAGACGAGUAUAACCGACGACGAUGAGCUACAGUCGAUCGAUCGCAGACGAGAAGCUGUGCGCUUAUAUGCCGACACGAGUGAACCUUUGGAACCGAUACAUUUGCGGCGCUGCGACAAAUGCGACAACACCUGCCAACGCUGCUAUGGACCACUAAAUUCGCAAUGCAGCACCUGUCCGCCUGGCAGCCAAUUGCGUAAAAUACCACGCACAAAUGAAACAUUUUGCUACGUCUUUGCGGAACGUAGUUCGGGUAAUAGACUCGAGGACGUCUUCAGUGCCAAAGUCGAAACGAUUGACAGCGUAGAGCACGAUGAAGCUAUGAAUCCGACAAGCAUCGUAUACCUUACGCUAAUCAUGGUGCCAGCGUUGCUCAUCAUUCUCGUCAUUAUGUUUGUUUCGGCAGCACGCCGGAAUAAUUUGCGCAUACCGUUCUGGCGAAAUGGUAGCACAACCGGAAAUGUGAUCACACUACCGAAUAUCGGCUAUGAUCGUGUAGCGCUGCUGACCGAAGGCGAAGAAGAUGGUGACGAAGCUGAUGAUGAAGAGGAGCAGGACAUACACGGCACAGUGCGUGUCUAUCGAGAUGAGCUGGCACCUUGCGUGGGCGACGAUGUGACAGUCGAAUUCGAUAUGGCCCCGACAAUUAUUGAAGCCGUAGAAAUAAGCGACUCAGAGGUUGACCUUUUUGAUUCAACGCAGCAUAAUUAGUUAUAGCUAAUGGAAUAGAGUUACUUUUGUGCAGAGGUGGUGUUAUUGCCGCUCUUUUUUAAUUUAUAUUUUAUUUCUCUGUAAUAAAUAAGUCAUAUUAUUGUUGUUUUAGGUAGGGUUUGUGGUAAUACUGGUAGAGUAGUACUUUUUUCUUAAUAAUUGUCAAUGCGCUUCAAUCUACUAAUGAAAUUUAAAUACGAACAAAAGAUUACAAUAAAAGAUACGAGUACGGUCUUCAAGAGCUCCUAAAUAAGA